GCAAAACUGCUGAAAUGUCAGGUUUUCUGUUAUUAAUUAAAUACGACGUAAUAAACUAGUUGCGAAGGGUAAAAUGAACAUUGUAAACGAAAUAAAGUGUUUGUUAUGUGUUUUUGGUUCUUGUAAUUCUUUGUAUUACAACAGUCUCAGAUCGAACUGAACAUAACAAGAGUGAAUAUCGUUUUCUAAAAGUUCCAACUGUUAACCAUUGUGUUUCAUAAUCAUGGAGGAAGCGAAAAAAGUAGAACAUUCCAUACCAACGGAGAUUCUGGAUGACCUUCUCACUAGAUUUCUCAUUAAUGUCCCAGAAUCAGCGAAGAAAGACUAUGUACGAAUAUGUUUUCAGAUUGAAAACGCACAUUGGUAUUAUCUGGAUUUUUAUGUUAGUAACGACAGUAAUUUAAAGUCUUGUACUAUUUAUGAAUUCGCAACACACGUCUUUCAACAUAGCCCGUUUCUGCAGAAGGAACUUUAUAGACUACCUGAAAUCAUGGCCGAAUGGAAGCAGUACAAGCAAACUGUUCCUACUUACGGAGCCAUAUUAUUAUCUGAAGGACUCUCUCAUGUCUUAUUAGUGAAAAGUUAUUGGACCAAAACGUCUUGGGGUUUUCCAAAAGGAAAAGUAAAUGAGGAAGAAUCCCCUGUACACUGUGCCAUCCGAGAAGUACUUGAAGAAACAGGGUUUGACAUUACAUCUUAUGUAGAUCCAGAAGAUUGGGUCGAAGCAAUUAUCAAUGAGCAAUUAGUUAGACUGUAUAUUAUUAAGAAUAUACCUAUGUCUACUAAGUUUCAACCAAAGACGCGAUGUGAAAUAAAGUCGGUUGGUUGGUUUUCCAUAGCUGAUUUACCCACCAACAGAAAGGACCUCACGCCAAAAUUAAAAUUAGGUGUUAAUCCUAAUGCAUUCUACUUGAUCCUUCCUUUUGUAAAAAAGUUGAAGCAAUUGUCUAAUUGUGCUACUUCGAACAAGAGAAGUCGAAAGAAGUCUAACAGUCUAAGCGAUUGUGAAAACUCUGUGUCUAAACAUAAAAGCAGACCUAAUGUAAAAACUGAAGAAGAGAAAGGUAAGAUCAACAAGAAAACUGAAAGAAAAAACGUCACAAAAAGGGAACUGUUUCCUAACAUGAUGGACCAGUUACCGGAAUUGAAUGGGGCCUCCUGCUGGGUCAACUUUAAGUUUGACCAAACUGCGAUUAUUGAAUGUAUUCCAUAAGGGAUAAUCGAUGUAGGGUUCAGUUUUGAAUGAACACUUUGAAAUUCAAAAUUUUAAUAUUUCUUAUUUCUUUUGACUAUUUUUAUCUUUUCAAUAGAAUAUCCUCAUUCUAGCCUUUUCAAUUAGUUUUUCUUUUUGAGUAUUUAACUUGACCUCACAAAAUCUAAAAAGUUGAAUAUAAAAUUCAGCAACAAAAAUAAAUUUUUUUUCGUAAAUACCAUAUAAAUAUCUAUUGAGAAAGCUACAAACUUUGAAAAAUCCUUUUGAUGAUGUUUUUGCUGCAAUAACAUUGUUUAUCUAAUAACUUGCUAUUUCAUUCUUAGUUCUUCAAGUUGCAGUAAAUCAAUAAAAAAAUUCGAAAUGAAUAUAAAAUCGAUCAGCCAAUCAAAAUGCAAUCUUUUUCUCAACUAGCCCGCAACUCAAAAUGUCAUAUUUUCUGUACCUUCGAGAUUUUUUAAUAUUUCAGUUUUCCUUCCAUACAGGCUCGAAGUUAACACAGGUUUGAUGAAUAUCAAACAAGAAUUUUUUUUUUUUUAUUUAGAAUCGCUUUUUCUGUUAUUUUACGUAUUAUGGAUGUGACUGAUGAAGAAAGCUUUAAUUGCUAACAAUUUUAAAUAUAUCUUCAGGAAGUUAUUUGUUAAAAAUUCCUGAAGAGAAUAAGAAUUCUAAAAAAAUUAUAUGUUAACUUCUUAUUGGAACUUGAAUAAUUCAAAAUGAGUUUGAGUUCAAAUCUAAAGGAUUCUAAAGAGUUUGUUUCAACACGAGAGGAAGUACAUUAAAUUAAAUGUAGUGUGGUGAAUUAUUCAAAUAAACUUCCAAUUUUCAUUGUUUUCACUUGAAUUAUGCUCAUUUUGAAUAUUUUUCAAAAUUCACUGUAAAUUCUUGUUGAUGAAUGUUUGUCUCCAAUAAGAAAUUGAUGUGUUUGAAGCUUGUAUCCCAGUUGUUUAUAAUGAGCAAAUAUUUUUUAAGAAAAUUAUUUUUAUAAUUGAUUUUUAAUGUUUUAUCUGGAAUACUAGUCAUUUAAUUCUUGUAUGUUUGUAAAAUUUAUUCAACAAAGACGUAAGUGGCAUAUCUUAACCUUAUUUUGUAAAAGUAAAAAUUAUUGAUUUCGAUGUUCAGUAUUAUUAUGAAAAUGUCAAUUGUAAUUGUAUAUCAUGCAAAAAAAAAUUACUUUGAAGGAACUAUCAAUUUGUUAUGGACGUAAUUAAAAAUUCUAUCAGAUUGGA